AUGAAUCUGUGCGAGGCCGGAAAGAAAGGAGCCCCUUCCUCUCAAACUUGUUCGUGUGGGGUAGUUGACUGCAAAGCUCAGAGUCUAGAGCAGCAACAUGGACCAGACUAUGCUGAAACUGGACCUGAACCCGGCUGUGUGUCCACCAACAGUGAUGGAUCCAUGGAUCUUUUCAUUGGUAUCAAAGAUGGACGGGAUCGAGAUCAUCCAGGCACCUUGAACAUUUUCACUUUUGUGAAGAAGGAGUUGACCAGAGAUUACCAAGAACACUCAGAGGGUCAAAGUGAAGCUGAGGAUGGGAUGGGUGGCAACGAUUCAGAGCAGAGGAGAACGAGCAGAGAGGCACUAAUGAAGAUCACACUGGACUUCCUGAGGAGAAUGAAAUUGAAAAAAAUAAUGAAAUUGGGCAAAAAUGAAGCAAAACUCUGCCAGGCUAAACUUAAGGCGAACCUGAAGAAGAAGUUCCAGUGUGUGUUUGAGGGGAUUGCUAAAGCAGGAAACCCAACCCUUCUGAACCAGACCUACACAGAGCUUUACAUCACAGAGGGAGGGACUGGAGAGGUCAAUGAUGAACACGAGGUCAGACAGAUUGAAACAGCAUCCAGGAAACCACACAGACCAGAAACAACCAUCAGAAAAGAAGACAUCUUUAAAGCCUCACCUGGAAGAGAUGAACCAAUCACAAGAGUGAUGACAAAGGGAGUGGCUGGCAUCGGGAAAACAGUCUUAACACAGAAGUUCACUCUGGACUGGGCUGAAGACAAAGACAACCAGGACAUACAGUUCACAUUUCCAUUCACUUUCAGAGAGCUGAAUGUGCUGAAAGAGAAAAAGUUCAGCCUGUUGGAACUUGUUCAUCACUUCUUUACUGAAACCAAAGAAGCAGGAAUCUGCAGGUUUGAAGAGUUCCAGGUUGUUUUCAUCUUUGAUGGUCUGGAUGAGUGUCGACUUCCUCUGGACUUUAAAAACAACGAGACCCUGACUGAUGUCACAGAGUCCACCUCAGUGGAUGUGCUGCUGACUAACCUCAUCAGGAGGAAACUGCUUCCCUCUGCUCGUCUCUGGAUAACUACACGACCUGCAGCAGCCAAUCAGAUCCCUCCUGAGUAUGUUGACAUGGUGACAGAGGUCAGAGGGUUCACUGACCCACAGAAGGAAGAGUACUUCAGGAAGAGAUUCAGAGAUGAGGAGCAGGCCAACAGAAUCAUCUCCCACAUCAAGACAUCCAGAAGCCUCCACAUCAUGUGCCACAUCCCAGUCUUCUGCUGGAUCACUGCUACAGUUCUGCAGGAUGCGUUCAAAACCAAAGACAAAAGAAAGCUGCCACAGACCCUGACUGAAAUGUACACACGCUUUCUAGUAGUUCACUCCAAGCUAGAGAACAUCAAGUUCCAUGGUGGAGGUGAGACUGAUUCGACAUGGAGUCCAGAGAGCAGGAAGAUGACUGAGUCUCUGGGAAAACUGGCUUUUGAGCAGCUGCAGAAAGGAAACCUGAUCUUCUAUGACUCUGACCUGACAGAGUGUGGCAUCGAUAUCAGAGCAGCCUCAGUGUACUCAGGAGUGUUCACACAGAUCUUCAUCGAGGAGAGAGGACUGUACCAGGACAAGGUGUUCUCUUUCGUCCAUCUGAGUGUUCAGGAGUUUCUGGCUGCUCUUUAUGUCCAUCUGACCUUCAUCAACUCUGGUGUCAAUCUGAUGUCAGAAGAACAAACAUCAUGUUGGAGUAAAAUAUUUAGAAAAAAGCACAAUCAAAUACAUCUCUACCAGAGUUCUGUUGACAAGGCCCUCCAGAGUCGAAAUGGUCAUCUGGACUUGUUCCUACGCUUUGUUCUGGGUCUUUCCAUGGAGUCCAGUCAGACUCUCCUCCAAGGCCUACUGACACAGACAGGAAGCAGCUUAGAAAUGAGACAAACCAAGGACAAAACAGUUGAAUACAUCAAGAUGAUGAUUAGAGAUAGUCCCUGUCCAGAGAGAAGCAUCAAUCUGUUCCACUGUUUGAAUGAACUGAAGGAUCAUUCUUUGGUGGAGGAGAUCCAACAGUACCUUGGAACGGGAUGUCUUUCCACAGACAAACUGUCUCCUGCUCAGUGGUCAGGUCUGGUCUUCAUCUUACUGACAUCAGAAAAAGAUCUGGAUGUGUUUGACCUGAAGAAAUACUCUGCUUCAGAGGAGGCUCUUCUGAGGCUGCUACCAGUGAUCAAAGUCUCCAGUGAAGCCCAUCUUGGUGACUGUAACUUAUCAUGGAGAAAAUGUGAAGCCCUGGCCUCAGUUCUCAGUUUGCAGUCCUCUUGCCUGAGAGAGUUGGACCUGAGUAACAAUGACCUUCAGGACUUGGGUGUGGAGCUGCUUUCUGGUGGACUGGGAAGCACAAAUUGUACACUGGAAAUUCUCAGGCUGUCAGGUUGUCUGAUCCAAGAGAAAGGCUGUGCUGCUCUGGUGGCCGCUCUGAAAUCCAACCCCUCCCACCUGAGAGAACUGGACCUGAGCUACAACCAUCCAGGAGACUCAGGACUGAAGACGCUGUAUGCUGGGCUGAAGGAUCCAAACUGGAGAUUGGACACUCUCAAGGUGGACCCAAGUGGGGAGCAAUGGCUGAAACCCGGUCUAAGGAAGUAUGCCUGUGAUCUCACGAUGGACCCGAACACAGCAAACAGAAAACUCAAACUAUCUCACAACAACAGGAAGGUGAUGGCUGUGAGAGAGGAGCAGCCAUACCCUGAUCAUCCAGAGAGAUUUGACUACUGUCAGCUGCUGUGCACAAACGGCCUGACUGGUCGCUGUUACUGGGAGGUCGAGUGGGAAGGAAAAGUUCAUAUCGCAGUCACUUACAAGGAAAUCAGAAGGAAAGGGUACAGUGCUGACUGCUGGUUUGGAGGGAGUGAUCAGUCAUGGAAUCUGCACUGCUCAAAAGAACAUUACUCUGUUUAUCACAAUCUCAGAGAAACACUAAUCCCUCUGUCCAUGACCUCAACAAACAGAGUAGCAGUGUACGUGGACUGUCCUGCUGGCACUCUGUCCUUCUACACCGUCUCCUCUGAUGACUCACUGACUCAUCUCCACACAUUUAACACCACAUUCAACAAACUCCUUUACCCUGGGUUUAGGUUUUGGUCUGGACUUGACUCCUCAGUGUCUCUGUGUGAGCUGUAG